GGCGCACAAUUGAGAGUUCAUGGUCAUGAAGGCGACACGGGAUUCGGUGUGGAGUAAAAAAAUGGACAUGUGGUUCAAGUUGAGCGAGAGGAAGAGGAACAAGAUAUACGACUUCUUGUUCCUUCAAACGCGGCUGAGGAAGGACACAGACACCGAGUACGUCCGCCACAAGGAACACAUAUUGGCAUUGCUCGACAAACACCACUUCGCCUCCCUCAUGAACGCGAAGACCUUUCUCGAAAGGCUGCAGUCGCUGUACUUCGUGGAGUCCGAGGAGCAGUUGAAGUUUGGCUGUUACGCUUCCUUGAUCUCCAGUGACGACGAGGCAGCCACCAGUGUGGAGUUCGACGCCAAUGCGAAGGAGGAGGAGAGCAAGACCGAGAGCCUUGACCUGCAGUAUGACCCACAUCCGGCGGAGCACGCCCGAGGGUGGUCGUCGACUGGUUCAUCAUCAAGCGUGGCACCCCUCAUGUCACCGACGGCCAGACCGGCGCUGGGCACUACGCUGAUGAAGUUGCUGGAGAAACUCAGAGUUGUGGCCGUCCCACCCCUUGGUUGCUCUCAGGAGCCGCAACGUUCCGCCAAGAUCGGAACUACGUCGGUUGAGGAUCCGCCAGAGCGGUCUGCCCUCCAGAGCUGCUCGGGGUUGGGGGAGCCGAGCCAGGAUCCCGCAAUUGGUAGCGGUGCGGUGAGGGACAGGAAUGUGUCGCCUGAGCGGGAGGGACGGCCGCUAGGAUUGCAGCGAGAGGCUACAAGUGCAGGGUCCGGCGACACGGAGACGACGAAGUCCGCCGAGAUCCGAACUUCUUCAGGCGGGUGGUGUCGGCCGGGGAAUGUCUUGCCGCAGAGAGGGGCAGCAUACACGGAGACAGAAUGGCGGUCCUCGGGAUUCAACGCGGGCUACGGGGAAGGGGCUGAAUUGCAUGGAAGGGAAGUAGGGGAGGGAACGGAGGAGGGGAAGGAAGCGCAAGAAGAAGAGGAAGAAGGGGAAGAAGGGGAGGAAGGGGAGGAAGGGGGAGAAACGGAGCUCAUUGAAAUGCUUGAAGGAAGAGAGGGUGCGAAAGGGGAUGUGAGUGUUGGAGACGACGAAGAAGAGGACAGUGAUGAUGAUGCCGGAUCAAAAGAUUCGUCUGACGAGUUUGGACAACUGUACGGAGAGCAUCACGAGGAUGAUGUCGACGACAAUGCCACAACAAUGGAGAUGGAGACAUAGGUGGUUAGCAACCUUUCAGUAGAGCCUGAAGACUACGAGGUCCAACCACUGACGUC